CUCGUUCAAUAAUCGUAUUCAUGCUGGCACAUAUCAUCUUUUUGUUGGCACUAUCGCCUUUUUCUCUAGGAGCUACUAUUCCAACCGUACCCAACUUGCUUAAAGGCAGUAACGAUGGUUCUUCCCAUCACCAGAUACUCUUUCUUGUCAAUGAUGAAGCAACCGACAAAAUCGAGUCUAUUUCUAUCAAAAACAAUAGCCCUAAUGUUAUGCUUGCAGAUACCCCUGAUGGAUCUGAUGAAAAGAACCUACUGGAAUUGGUGACUAGUCAAGAAGUUUUGAGCACCUUUGCCGUUCUUCUUGUUGAACGAGAUACUCUUGUAACAGCAUUGACAGCUAAAAAUGCAAACCUUACUGUUUUGGCUCCAGACAAUCAGGCAUUCAAAGGUAUUCAUUACCCGCCUCCAGACGAAGCCAUCACCAAUAUCUUGUUGUAUCAUAUUGUUAGCCCGGCUACUACAAUGGAGCAACUUUUUGAUGGACAGCUACUCGAUACAGCUUAUAGCCCAGAGGCUCUUGAUGGAAAACCACAAAAAAUUCGUGUAACCAUUGAGAAAGAUUAUGGGUCUGUUCGCCUUAACAAGUACUCUCGCAUUACCGAGACUAACAUCAUAGCCAGCAAUGGCGUGGCUCAUGUCAUCAGUAAUUUGAUUAUGCCACCACCCAAUGCGCUUAAUAUCAUUGCCCAUAAUCCAUUUACCUUUGCCGUGUUUCUCCUGGCACUGAAACGGGUGGAAAUAGACGAUAUUAUUCGUAGCACCCACUCACUGACAAUAUUUUGCCCAACCAAUCAAGCUUUUAAAGAUCUUGGCUGGCCACGUCUCAGAUACUUGUUUAGCGAAGAAGGAAAGCAGAGUCUUGAAGAUAUUGUUCUAUAUCACCUUUCUCCAAAACUGUCUUAUUCUUCAGAUUUGUUCGAUGGAGACCAUCAGUUACCCACUAUGCUUAAAGACAAAACAAUCAAAACCAGUCCCAAAAAGGGUGACGAUGAAACUCUGACUGAUAUUGAAAUCAACGACGAGUCCUACGUGGUUGAACUGGACAAUCUUGCCAACAAUGGUGUCAUUCAUGCGAUUGAUAAAAUUCUUGUUCCUUUUGAUUGGCAGAAUAUUGACGAAAGGGUUCAUGUAUGGGAUAGAAUGCCCGAUUUAACUUCUGUGUUUGAAGUUGAGCAAAUUAUUGAUUCUCUGUGAAAUCGGAUCGAUGAUGCACAUUGGGUUGGUUUUGGAUCUUGAGGUUUAAAGUAUUCCUGUCAAGCUUCCAACUCACCAAAUGCUUUACAACCGCACUUUAUUAUUUGGAAUUUCAAACUUUUAUUGGGCUAUUUUACUACCAUUGAUUUAGCCUUUCAUACCUAUUCAAUAAAAACAUACUUUUUUAUUUCAAGGCCAUUGUAUACUACUCUUGGCUUU